AUGAAGAAGGGGUUAGUUAGUGACAAACUUAUUAUAAACGGACAGGUUGAAUGUCUGAUUGAAUACGUUAAAACAGUUGGAAAUGGUGUGAUAAAGCAAGGAAGUGAAUUGAACAGGAAGAUGGAUCCAGAAGAAUACGAAAUACAGAAAGAAGAGGAAAAUGCUGAUGAUGACAAUAUGAGUGUAGAGGAGUAUUCAGGAAGUGAUGAUGUCCAAUACACCGAUUUGAUAAAAAUGUGUGAGGGAUAUCAAGGCAUCAAGGACAUUGAGACCUGCAAAUUUCCAGAUUCAAAGCCAACUGGGCUGAAAUUCUUUAAGAAAUUCAGUCACCUUGAAAACAAAAUACUGAAAUUGAAGAGUAUCCUGAAGACAAUCAGCUUGUUGAAAUCAAGAUCAACAAGAAAGUGGAUUUCAAUAGAAUAA